AUGUCAUCUCCAAGGCGUCGCUCUCUCCGUCUUCAAACAGUCGAACACAGCGAUAUAGAGACCCCCAGAACUAAACCCAUAUCAACUGCCGACAUCAUAAAUGAUAGUCAGGAAAGGACACCAAAGUCUGAGUCUCCAGAGGCCCCUGUCAGGUUGCAAACUGCCAAGUCCCCUGUCAGGCUGCCAACCUCCAACUCCAAGUCCAGCCGCUUCAGCUGCCUUCGUGGACAAGACAGCCACGACCUUGCCGACACACAAAUUGCAAAAAGGCUUCACUGGUACAUGCGCAGAUCCACAAUGGGCAAGCGCGUAGGCGAUGCCUCUCGAACUGUCUUGCAACUUACCGGCAUGUGGCCAUGGGAAUUCGCCGCCGGCUUCUUACCUAAAAAGUGGAAUAUCAACAUGCUGGAAGAUAUUAGAAGGCUUCUAAGAAGUGUUUGCAAAAGCGCUAGAACUAAUGGUCCUGGGCCUCACACAAAGAUUGUUCAAAACUUUCUCCUGGGGUGCGCAAAGAAGCGCGAUGCUCGCCAUCCACGUCUCCAACAUGGCGACGUGCUGGAUGCCAUCGACCAUUUCAGCGCAGAUUUUUAUACAAAAAGAGAGGUUAUAACGCCUGUCACUACUCCACCUGUCAGACGUCGGGCAGGGCAAAUAACAGUGCGGGGGUCCGAUGAGAGAAGCGGCAGUGAUGAGAGCCACGAUGAUCAAGACGAAGCUAUCGAGAUACCCGAUUCAGAGAGCGAAUGGGAAGAUUUGACCGGCUUCGAUUUUGAGGAUCAUGUUGAACCAGAAACGGCCACUGUGGCUGUGAAACGCUCCAGGUCACCUUCGUUGGGUGCUUUGCUGGAGAAGCGUCCACGUACAACAGGUCCAAGCAAUCCAUACCACGGCACGAGUGCUACAAUACUUCAAGAUCCAGCACCGUCGAGCAAUUCACAAACUGACAUACUACCAACACAACAUCCAAGGGACUUUGCAGAUCUUGUCGAUGAGUUUGAGUUUAUCGAGAGCGAAAAGCAAAAAGAGUUCAACAAGGUCACUCAUUCACUUCACGAAGUCACAACCUCAAUACAAGAAAGCGAGGCCAAUGAAACAAAACUAGGCAGCGAAAAAGUUGAAAAGCUAUGCACAGACGUCAAAGCAUACGAAGUCGAGAGGGAGAAAAUAAUGAAAGGCAUGCGCUUCGUCCAGGAGCACCACGAGGAUAUGGCCAUGAGCGCCGACGACCUCGAAAAGUCAAUACACAAGUACACAAUACGGCUCGAAGAGUGCGACCGGUUGAUCGCCCAAGCAAACAUGGAUGCGUUGGACGAGCUAGAAGCUAUUGCGCAAAAGGACUUUGACCUGCGGGCUGAAGAGAAGCGGCUUAAGUCUCGCGGGCAAGAGCUACUUCGAGAGGUGAAGUAUUCCGCCGCUAUAAAAACAAUGAUGAGACUGGGGCCGUCUGGGAUGGUGACACUGAUAGCCAAACUGGAGACUAAGAAUGUUUCUCUCAUUGCUAUGGCUGAGGAUAUUAUGAGACAGCGUACUGUUGCGUCUCUGGGUAAUAUCUUUGAGAACGACGGUGCACAGGAGCAAAGACAAGCUGUGGAAUGA